AUCAAUGCAGAGAAGUAGCAGGUUUUAGAACAUGCACAUUUUUCAGACAUUGAUUGAUUUGUGAGGAUUCUGACCUGGUUAAAUUAACUUUAGUUUGCAUGAGUUUCUGAAGCUUUUUGACCUCGUUUACACAGAGAUGUCUGUGGCUGCUAAAUCCAGUUUCUGGUCAAUAAUUAAGCUAGGUUUCAGAAACAUUUGAUAUUUAUUCUCCAGCUUCGCAACUACAGCUGUCUAUAUUUAACUUCCCGUUGGACCUUUUUUUUUUUUUUAGCUUGCACUUCUUCACGGAGUCUGUUGCAGACUGUUGACUCUAGGGGUGUGUGAAAAGGUUUGAAUGGUAGGCCAUAAAGCAGCUCGGAGUGGCCUAGUAGCGUGUUAGCAUCCGGACAGUUAGCAGUUAGCAUCCURGGGGUCUACUGAAGUGAGUGUCCGCCUCCUGAGGACUUAUUUGGGGGGACGACGCGCUGACAUGGACCGUUUAGCCUCUGUGGAGCAUUAUAAGGCAGCCAUGGUGCUGAGUGGUGCUGGUGACGCUCUGGGCUACAGGAACCAGCUGUGGGAGUACAAUGAGUCUGGACCAGUUAUUCACAAGGAGCUGCAGGAGCUCGGCGGCUUGAAGAACAUCAAGGUUCAGCUUCCCGAUUGGCCUGUGAGCGACGACACUGUUCUGCAUCUGGCAACAGCCGAGGGCCUGGCAACUGGGAAAACAGGGGAGGAUCUCCUUCAUGAUGUGGCUGCUCGUUAUGUGGAGGGGAUGAAAGACAUGGAGGGUAGAAAACCCGGGCCUUCGAGCAUUCUGGGUGUGUCCCAACUGAGACCUGGAGAAGAAGGAGGCUUCAGGGUGCCGUAUAACCCUGAGGGGACGGGCUGUGGAGCGGCCAUGAGGUCCAUGUGCAUCGGCCUGAGGUACCCGAGGCCUGACCAGCUGUUGUCACUCGUGGCUGUUGCAGUGGAGACGGGCAGGAUGACGCACCCUCACCCCACUGGUUUCCUGGGAGCCGUAGCGUCGGCCUUGUUCGCCUCAUACGCUGUCCAGCGCAGGCCGAUCACUACCUGGGGACUGGGCCUGAUCAACGAGGCCUGUCCCAUAGCCAGGAAGUUCGUUCAGGAUCGGGGCUUCGCUGUGGAGGACACGGAGAAAGACUGGGGCUACUUCUGUGACAAGUGGCAGUGGUACCUGGAUCAAAGAGGCAUUUCUAAUGGAGUGGGACCACUGAUUUGGCCAACAGCCUACGGCCCAGCUGAGAGAGAUGAGGUCUAUAAGACCUUCAGCCUGUCUGGUUGGGCGGGACGCAGCGGACACGAUGCUCCAAUGAUCGCUCUGGAUGCCCUGCUGGCAGCUGGCUCAGACUGGGAGGAACUGAUGAGCAGAGCUGCCUUCCAUGGAGGCGACAGUGACAGCACAGCAGUGAUUGCCUGCUGUUGCUGGGGUCUCCUGUACGGCACCAAAGGGGUCCCUGAAGGCAACUAUAGCAACUUGGAGUAUCGGGGACGACUGGAGCGUUGUGCCGAGCAGCUCUACGCUCUGUCACGUUGACGAGACGCAAACAACCUGCAGCCUGGACCGAUACUGCACCGACAGUGUGGGGAAAGCAGGCCGCGCUGACGCAGAACAAGCUGGCGUGCUCAUAAACAUCGAUUCAGAGUGCUGACACUGAGCUACAGAGCAUGCUGUCAUAUUCGCCUGUAGGGGAAAGACUGGCCCACUAACCCAGAGUCAUUUCUGUUACAAGGACAGUGUGCGACACGUUGACUGUCAUUUAUAGAGCACCCUCUUGUGGUCACUUUAAAAUAAAAUGAUCUGUUCUGCUCAGUGGAACGAAUCCAAACUGUGAAAAA